AUGCAAUACUUUGGGUUUGAAGACCCGGCAGACGCUUAUAGGGGCACUCAGCCGGAUGCGUCGAGAUUUAACAACAACGCCUCCGACAUCAAUAUCCAGGGGGCUUUUCCAGACGAAAUCAACUUCAACACCAACUCGACUGGUUACUACCAAUUUCCAGGCCAAAUUAACCAAACGGAUGUGGCGAACUACGCUGUAGUGUUGGAAGGAUACUUCUAUGGACCACAAGGAGAAUACAGCGUUAGUUUGAGUGAUACGGGGACUGAUGAUUACAGCUUUCUCUGGACGGGUUCAAACGCCUAUUCCGCUUGGACGAACGCGAACGCCGCUAUCACGGAAAGUAUUGCAGGGCAGUACACCCAAAACCACACGUUCAAUCUCACAGCGGAAAGCGAGUUCCUGCCCAUGACCAUACUGUGGAUAAAUGUGUUCAGCUCUGGUUCACUAGAAUUCGUCAUUUACCCACCUGCAGGCGAGGGAAUCUUCGUUUACCCACCCACAGGAGGGGAAAUCACGAACACUUCUGGAUACUUCUUUCAAGCGUACACCGGCGACGGUUUCGUAUACCAUGUAUAG